UCUAUUUCCCUACUUUUUUUUUUCUUAUAUCUUUUCUUACUUCCUUUCCUCCUAUUCUCUCUCUUUGUGAUCCAGAUGCUUUUGGAAAGCUUUCCUUCCAGCUUCUCAUAUUACCUGUUCAUGAAGCAGAAAAGACUUGCCCCAGAUGAAGUUCUUCUGUCCCGAGCGCCUGACCCUACGUUUUCCGAAACGCGUUGGUUGCAUUCGACGGACAUACGAUGACUUAUGCGUGCCUAUAGACUGCGAAGCUGAGCUGACCUGCCCCCUCUCCCAUGUUGAAAGAAAGUUGAAAUUGCAUUACCACGGUGACAACCCCUUUUGGGAUCCUUGUGCACCGGGGCUUGUUUCAUUCCCUUUGCUUUUCCUUCGCCCCACUUAUUUUUUUUUCCUUCUUGUCUCCAGCCUGUCAAUUUCCUUCUCUCUCUCUCUCUCUCUCUCUCCCCCAUCGCAACCCCCUAUUGAUGCUGCCUCCGGAAGGACCAAAGGGAUGAUGCAUUACUUCCAUUGCCCGUUCACAACAGACGGGGCCCAAAACAUAUGAGUUUCUACAUGUAGACGAGACUUGAAUUUUCCUUUUCCAGAAAGGCCAAAAAGAAAACAUAAAUACUAUUCACUAUGAUUUUUGGACUUAUUAAUAUUUUGA